AUCAGCCACCAACGCGUCCAUUCAUAUCCUCAUUCAUUCAUUCACUCAUUCAUUCAUUCACUCAUUCGUUGAUGUUCGAUCCGCGCGUUCUGGAAGAGGAGGAGGCGGAGGGAGACGCGCCUACGACGAAAUCGGGGAGGUCGGGCGCCACCAGGCGAAGAUGAGGAAGGAGCGGGGCCGUGGGAGGCCUCACCUGGCCGUCUGAGAGGGCCUCACCUGACCGCCUGAGGUGGGCCUCACCUGACCGCCUGAGAGGGCCUCACCUGACCGCCUGAGGGGGCCUCACCUGGCAACCUGAGGGAGCCUCACCUGACUGCCUGAGAGGGCUUCACCUGGCAACCUGAGGGGGCCUCACCUGGUAACCUGAGAGGGCCUCACCUUGCAACCUGAGGUGGGCCUCACCUGGCAACCUGAGGAGGCCUCACCUGGCAACCUGAGGGGGCCUCACCUGGAAACCUGAGGGGGCCUCACCUGGCAACUUGAAGGGGCCUCACCUGGCGGCCUGAGGGGGCCUCACCUGGUAACCUGAGAGGGCCUCACCUGGCAACCUGAGGUGGGCCUCACCUGGCAACCUGAGGAGGCCUCAUCUGGCAACCUGAGGAGGCCUCACCUGGCAACCUCAGGGGGCCUCACCUGGCAACCUGAGGGGGCCUCACCUGGCAACCUGAGGCCUCACCUGGCAACUUGAGGGGGCCUCACCUGGCAACCUGAGGAGGCCUCACCUGGCAACCUGAGGGGGCCUCACCUGGCAACUUGAAGGGGCCUCACCUGGAAACCUGAGGGAGCGUUACCUGGAAACCUGAGGGGGCCUCACCUGGAGGCCUGAGGGGGCCUCACCUGGAGACCUGAGGGGGCCUCACCUGGAGACCUGAGGGGGCCUCACCUGGAGACCUGAGGGGGCCUCACCUGGAAACCUGAGGGGGCCUCACCUGGAGACCUGAGGGGGCCUCACCUGGAGACCUGAGGGGGCCUCACCUGGAAACCUGAGGGGGCCUCACCUGGAGACCUGAGGGGGCCUCACCUGGAAACCUGAGGGGGCCUCACCUGGAGACCUGAGGGGGCCUCACCUGGAGACCUGAGGGGGCCUCACCUGGAAACCUGAGGGGGCCUCACCUGGCGGCCUGAGUGGUCCCUUCACUGCGCGCGCCCCCCUGCCAACAUGAACGACAGCAGGCCGGGGCCCCUGCUGGCGCCGCUGCACGCGUCCGCCUCCCCGAGCCAGCAGCACCACCACCUCCUCCUCCUGCCCCACAGCCAGCCGCAGCAGCACCACCUCCUGCCCGACACCGGCGGGCCCGCACCCGAUGGGGUCGGCCCCGCGGCGCCGGCGGCCUUGUCCCGCGCCACGCUGGCCGCCUGCACGCUGCUGCUGGCGCUGCUCUUUUGCGUGGGCACGUACGGCAAUCUCGUGGUGUUCCUCUCCUUCUUCGACCCGUCGCUGCGCAAGCUGCGGACCCACUUCGACUUCUUGGUGCUGAACCUGUCCUUCUGCGACCUGUUCGUGUCGUGCGCCACGGCGCCCAUGCUGGGCUCCGUGCUGCUCGUGCGCCACUGGGCGCGCGGUGCCGUCUCGCACUCGCUCUGCUUCUCGCUGCAGCUCACGGCCGCCGCCUUCCCGCUGCUGUCGCUCCAGACGGUGUCGGUCAUCGCCGUGCAGAGGCUGCGCCUCGUGCUGGGCCAGCAGCCGAGCCAGGCCGCGGCCAUGCUCGUGUCGCACGCCUCGUCCGCCUCGGCGCUCCUCCUGUCGCUGCUGCUCUGGGCGCUGGGGCUCAUCCUCGCCGCGCUCGCCGCCCUCCGCGGCCACACGAGGGGCCCCGGGCCGGGCCCGCAGCUCUGCCUGCCCCUGCUCUCGGGGGGGCUCGUGCUCUACGCGUACGCGGCCGACUUCCUGCUGUGCCUCGUGGUGCUCACCGUCUCGUACGCGCUCAUCGCGCACGCCUUGCGGCUCAAGGCGCGGGUGCGAAAGGGCGCCAUCAUUACCGUGGACGCGGCGCCGGGGGCUCGCCCGGGGGCCGGGGCACGGCCCCCGGGCGAGCCCGACGCGGCGACGGUGGCGGCCCCGGGCGCCGGCGUGACGCGCGACCACGGCCCCGCCGACGACCCCGCGUCGAGGAUGCGAGGGCCCGGCCUCAUGGCCACGGCGAAGGACUCGAAGGCGCUGCUCACGUGCCUCGUGAUCGCGCUGUCGGCCCUCGCUUGCUGCAUGCCGCUGUCCGUGGCGCUGCUGCAGGGGGUCAUGUCCGCGGGCCCCAACGGCGGCGUGGCCAGCACGCAGCUGGAGGUGUUCGGCUACACGCUGCUCUUCCUCAAGUCGGGCCUCAACCCAUUCCUCUACUCGCGCAGCGGGGCAGGGCUGUGGAAGCGCCUCUCCUGCUGCCUCCGCGCGCUCUCCGCGCCGCUGCUCGGCGUCUGCACCUGCUGCACAUGCUGCUCCUGCUGCACCUCCUGCUGCACCUGCUGCUGCUGCCGGCCCAAGACGCGGCUGCGCGCCGUGGGGAGAGGAAACCUGAGCGCAAACUGCGCAAAGUCGUCCCACCACGACACCAACUCCGCCUGCAUCCUCUCCCCGAAGCGGCCGGCGUCUACGUACGACCGUCCCCACCACCACCACCAUCAUCACCACCAUCGGCACCACCGGCAUCAACAGCAGCAGCAGCCGCCUGGUCCACGCGGCCCCCGAGUGGACCAGGCGUGCGGGCCCAGCCUGCACAGCCUCCAGGCCGGGGCCGAGGGGCGUCGGGGUCCCGGGCCGCGUUCCGAGCGCCGCCCGUUCGCGCACAGCGCCUCGUCGCCCAUCAACAGCCGCGUGGAGCCCUACUACAGCAUCUACAACAGCAGCCCGUCCCCUCCCAGCAGCCCUGGGGGCAGCGUGCAGCACCAGCGAAGGGGACAGCAUCCCCGUCGGGGGCAGCGCGGGGGCAGCGCCUGCGUGUGCGCGGCCCCCAAGCUCACGGAGUUGCUGAUGGAGCCCGAGAGGCCAGCGGACAGGAACAUGAUCCCCCUUCCGUCCGUGUGACCGCGGGCACGCUCCCCUGCCCAGCCCCCGCGUCUCUCCCCCUCGACACUCUCCGCUCUCCGCCCUCCAUGCUUCCUGUCUCCACUUUCCCCUCGUCUCAUCUUUCCACUUCUCCAUUCCCGUGCCUCCUCUCAUCCUUCCUCUCCUAUCUCCACCCUUCUGUCUCCAGUUCCUACUCUCCACUCACCUCUCCGUGUUCCCCUCUAUUCCGUCGUCGUGUUACUCUCCUCUCUCCGCUCGCAUCUUCUCUCUCCACGGAACUGGUUCACCGAUGAAUCCGCAUCAGCCGCACCGUGCAACCUCCGCGCUCAAGCGGGUCCUACACGGACACUGUCGUGACUGAGCUAACGCGGGCACAGGUACCUGGGACACGCACGCAGAGACAGGUACCUGGGGCAGGCACGCAGACAGGUAUCUGGAACGGACAAGCAGAGACAGGUACCUAGGACACACGCAGAGACAGGGACCUGGGACACACGCAGAGACAGGUACCUGGGGCAGGCACGCAGACAGGUAUCUGGAACAGACAAGCAGAGACAGGUACAUGGGGCAGCGAAGCAGAGACAGGUACCUGGGACACACGCAGAGACAGAUACCUGGGACAGCGAAGCAGAGACAGGUACCUGGGACACACACGCAGAGACAUGAACCUGGGACACACACAGAGACAGGUACCUGGGACACACACGCAGAGACAGGUACCUGGGACACACGCAGAGACAGGUACCUGGGACACACACGCAGAGACAGGUGCCUGGGACACACACGCAGACACAGGUACCUAGGAUACACGCAGGGACCUGGGACACACACGCAGAGACAGGUACCUAGGACACACGCAAAGACAGGGACCUCGGACACACGCAGAGACAGAGACCUGGGACACACACGCAAAGACAGGUACCUAGGACACACGCAAAGACAGGGACCUCGGACACACGCAGAGGCAGGGACCUGGGACACGCACGCAGAGACAGGUACCUAGGACACACGCAAAGACAGGUACCUGGGACACACACGCAGAGACAGGUGCCUGGGACACACACGCAGACACAGGUACCUAGGAUACACGCAGGGACCUGGGACACACACGCAGAGACAGGUACCUAGGACACACGCAAAGACAGGGACCUCGGACACACGCAGAGACAGGGACCUGGGACACACACGCAAAGACAGGUACCUAGGACACACGCAAAGACAGGGACCUCGGACACACGCAGAGACAGGGACCUGGGGCAGGCAAGCAGAGACAGGUACCUGGGACACACACGCAGAGACAGGUACCUGGGGCAGGCACGUGGCCGCGAUAUUCAUCUCUCGCAGUCGCGCGGCCCGAUUCGUUAUCAAACGUGGCGAGACCGAGGGCGAGUUUGUGUCGGCUCUUCCAGCCGUUAUCACGUGAAUGUUGCGAGGCUGUACUUGUGUUUGGUUGAGGGCACAAGUAAUGUACCGUAUUAUAAUUGGUGUAAACUACUGCUUUCUUGAAUUGUUGAGCAAAUUCCUGCGAUGUUCCAGCCGUUUAUGUGGGGACAUGCUUAAUGGCAGGACACCGCAGACGCAAGUGCCAAAACGGUGCCUCUCCCCAGGCCACCCGUCCCCGAUCCCCUCCACGAACUCUGUGAAACAAACUUCUGUGACCGCGAGCGGCGCUUUGGUUGUAAACUGCUAAUGGACGAAUCGAUAGCCAUGUCCAACAAAAUUCACCAUUUGGCUGCCAAAACCGCACUGCGUAGCUCGUCACCCAUUCUUCAUUUACGACUGCAGCAUCGUGUGCUGGGGAGCUGUGCAGCUGGGAGAUGGGAGCUGGGAAGCUGGGAGCUGUGAAUCUGAGGUUUUGGGGAGCUGUGGAGAUGGGAAGCUGUGAAGCUGGGGAGAUGGGAAGCUGGGAGCUGUGGAACUGUGGAGAUGGGAGCUGGGAAAGCUGUGGAGCUGGGAGCUGUGGAGAUGGGAAGCUGGAAGCU